AUGAACCUCCUAGCCUCGCUUACUGCAUUCCUCUCCCUCCUCUCCCUCAUCACUGCUGCCCCGGCGGAUCACGUCGAUGAGGCCACCCACUCCGCCGUCUCGGCCCUGCAGAAGCGAGACCCCGUUAUGUGCACUCCCACCGGAGACGGCUACUGCAACUUGGGCAUUGCAACCUACUCUCCGUCCGGCACCUUCAGACUCCGCGAGGUGUAUAUUUACGACAGAUACUGCAAGGAGAUUGGGACCCGGCCCCUCAACAACGAAACGGGGCAUGUGUCCGUCUACUCUCUGCUUCCCUGGACUGUGGAGGUGAAUGUCACCGAGGCUGGAAUUAUUCCCGGGGGAUACUUCUGGUACGCAGGGCGGAAGACAGACCUGGGAAAGAACAUGUACUGCAGGAACUGCUCGGGACUGACGGACUGGGAGUGCUGUCAGGCUGCCUUUGACUGCCAUUAG